CUCCUAGCCCGGAUGGAUGACUUCACUCUUCCGCUUGGGUUUCCUUUAUGUUGGCGGCGGGGUCUCCGGCUCUCUCCAGAGCUCUCCAAGCACAGUCAGAAGACAACAUCUCCAGGAUCACCAGUGGGGCAGCGGUCGCCGGUAGCCAGGAUUAACACCACCCCCCUUUCCUGCCCCGAAAACAAGCGCCUUGUCAAUUGCUUCAAGUCACUGAAUUUCCGGGAGUUUUUAUUUUGUUAAUUUCUUUUUGUCACCCGUUCUUGGCUCCGUCCCGUUCGCUCCUGGAGGCACUAUGUCGGAGAUUUUGCCCUACAGCGAGGAGAAGAUGGCUCAUUUCGGCGGCGAGAAUGAUGUCGGUCAGCUUUCCUUCAGCUGCCGCCUCCAGGACACCAACACCUUCUUCGGGGGCUCCCAGCCCAAGAGACCCCCCAAACUGGCGCAGAUUGGCAGAGCUAAGCGAGUUGUUAUCGAAGACGACAGACUAGAUGAUGUUCUGAAGGGGCGGGAGGACAAAACCUCGUCUGGAGUGUAAGCGGAAAGGGAGCGACCCUGACUCCCAAACUUUUUUUUAACUAUUUUAAAGCACUUUGGGGCUGUGCAUGCGUUUACGGAUUGUCCAGAGAGGUCUUGGGGCUUGCUGACGAAUCUCCAAUCCAAACAAAUGCACACAAAUUUGAGGAGCUGUCAAUAUCAGCACCAUUCGGUUUAUCCAGGCACACACAGAUUAAGUAGCUGUCCAUUUCAGAAUUCCAAACCAAGCGAGCAGAAAUGGAGGACCAGGUCAUUGCAGCAACAACACCGUCUUCUCUAAAAAAAAUGCGCAGAGAUUGCCGGACGGCGCAUUUCAGAACCAUCAAAUUACCAGAAAACACGGCGCUUGAUCGGAGAGCACGACAGCUGGCAGAACCGAUUCGGGGGCGGAAAGAAUGAAAGCAAGGGAUAACGAGCAGAAAGAAAGGAUUUUUUUGCAUCAAAAUAGACAUAUUUAAUUCAUCCUGUUGCAUGAGCUUCCGGUCAUGGUGCCAAUGUUGGUACUAGCAGUCAUUAACAGUUUGGCACGCUUCUUUCUAAUGGAAUUCUUCGUACUUGUAUUUUUAUAUCUAAAUCUUUGUAAAACAAAUGCUAGUCUAUGUAUUGUACCGCAUUAAAAUGUUUGUAUUUUUUGUAAGGAUGUAAAGGACCGGAUCCAUUGACUUGCAAGACUGAUUGAUUUUGGUCUAUUCUAUGUCAGCAUUGGGAAGAGACUUAUUGAAUGUUAUUUAUGAACCUCUUAGUCGUUUAGGGAUUUCAUUUUGUUUUAUUUAUUUUUGUUUAUUUGCACACAUCAAUGCUAAAAACAAUCUGUGUUUAAAAUCUAUAUUGUGGUAAGCAUUGCUGCUGGAUGUGUGAAAUUUGAAGGUUUAUGGGGAAAACUAAUGCACUGUUAAGAAGUUUAAAAUAUUGCGCUGUUAACAUUGACUGUCCUCUUUUUGGACUCUUAUGAAGCUGUGUUUUUAAAUUUAAUUUUGUAACAUUCUUUUAUGAAGCUUACUAUCGUUAUAUGUGCAUGUUAACAUGAGGCGUAAUUUUAAAUAACGAAAGAAAAUCAUUCCAAGGACAUAUAAAAGCAAAAAAAGUAAUGACAUUCUAAGAAUGAUUCAUUGUACAUUUUAUGACCAUUUUCACUGUAUUUGGUGAACAAAUAAAUGGUUGAAGGCUGUAAAGACCCAAA